AUGGAUUUCCAUAAAGCGCCACCACCCCGCCCGCCAAGCCUGGCCACGGUUGCCCUCUCCAAGGCGAACGAGCUGUACGAUGAUAUAUUCAUCGACAGUGGUAGCCCCGAUUCGUACCUGAGUGCCGACGUCGGUAGCAUCGGUAAUGAGACGUUCUUCAACUACUCGGCGAAUGCGUUCGCAAACGCCACCGAGCUCGGGCCGGGCCUCAACGGUACCGCCGAGGAACCGCUGGCCGAUGUGAUCGUGAUGGCGGUCACAUCGCUCGUGCUAGGACUGAUGAUUUUAGUUACGGUAAUAGGAAACGUUUUCGUAAUAGCUGCCAUCAUUUUAGAGCGUAAUUUACAAAAUGUAGCUAAUUAUCUGGUCGCCUCGUUGGCCGUCGCCGAUCUGUUCGUGGCGUGCCUGGUGAUGCCGCUGGGUGCCGUGUACGAGAUAAGUCGUGGCUGGAUCUUGGGUCCGGAACUGUGUGAUAUUUGGACGUCGUGCGAUGUGCUCUGCUGCACGGCGUCCAUCUUGCAUCUGGUAGCGAUCGCUACCGACAGAUACUGGGCGGUGACGAACAUCGACUACAUCCACUCCCGAACGAGCCGGCGCGUGUUCACGAUGAUCUUUCUCGUGUGGUUCGCGUCCGUGAUCGUGUCCCUGGCGCCGCAGUUCGGCUGGAAGGACCCGGAGUAUCUACAACGAAUAGAGCAGCAGAAGUGCAUGGUUUCGCAGAACAUUGCGUACCAGGUGUUCGCCACGUGCUGUACGUUUUACGUUCCUCUCUUUGUUAUACUAGUGUUGUAUUGGAAAAUUUAUCAAACGGCCAGACGGCGGAUACACCGACGGGGGCCAAAACAUACCGUCACGCCAAACAGUAGCAAUCAGGAGGAAACACCAAAGCCAAAGUCCAAGAUAAGAUUUCACCUGAAGAAAAAGUUCACCAACCCGACCAAAUCGGCCGUUUCCUCGCUCGGGCUGGUCGAGGGCAACUCCACCAACACGGUCAACACCGUCGAGGACACGGAGGACAGCACCAACGCGGAAAAGAAGGGCCUCGAGACGACGUUCAGCGGGGACGAGGGCAACAAUGGCCCGGUGCUCGCUAGCAACAAGCAAAUACCGACGGUUUCGUACGAGGUCACGCAGCGGCAGCUCGGCGAUGCGGAAUCGAACAACAACAAUCGGGCGACCGCGAACAGCAAAACCAGCCCCAGCGGAAACGGCGGUACCCUGCAGCCUCCCCCCACCGACACCGCCGCCUGCCCGAACGAUUCCAGCCAGAUUGCGUCACCAUUGUUGCAGCAGCAGCAGCAUCAGCAGAAUGUGCACCAGGAAGUGCAUCAAAAUCAAACGCCAAAGGCGCAGCACACGGCGACCCACCUUUCGCCGGCAACGGUCACACCCGGCGCGGCCGGUGCCCCGGGGCUGCAGGGGGCCGGCGGCGGAUCCACGCUGAACAUCGCCAGCACGUCCAACCCGCACGCGCAGGUCUCGAAGCGCAAGGAAACGCUCGAGGCGAAGCGGGAACGCAAGGCCGCCAAAACGCUGGCCAUCAUUACGGGCGCGUUCGUCGUCUGCUGGCUGCCGUUCUUCCUCACCGCCCUGCUGCUGCCGCUGUGCGAGAGCUGCGCCAUCAACGACACGGUCGCGUCGCUCUUCCUCUGGCUCGGCUACUUCAACUCGACGCUCAACCCCGUCAUCUACACCAUCUUCAGCCCGGAGUUCCGGCAGGCCUUCAAGCGCAUCCUCUUCGGCACGCACCGGUCCAGCAAGUACCGGCGCGGCAAGCUGUAA